UCAUCACAUUCAUCUUCUUCGACUAUCUCGUCUUCUUUUUCAUCAAACAGCUCUCGGAUCUCGUCUGAUCCCACAACCAUCAUGUCUGAACCUCUCACCAAGGUCGAUUCUGCCGUCCAAGGCCUGUCAUCAUCACCGCCCAAAGAAAAGGGCCACCGGAGAACAAGCUCUAGUGCGGCUGGUGUCAUGACAAUCAACGAAAUCAACGAAAGCCAUGCACCUCUGAAGCUGGCUUUGGAGACACAGCAGACUGCCUGGAAAAUAAAUCAACGGCCAAAGGAUCUUGACAAUGAUCAACUGCUUAUGAUUCCCCUAACAUCGCCUCCUAUCAAGAGCAUAACAUUAAAAUUCCCGCAUGGCAAGGAGGUCGUGGCACGAAACAUGAAGGGCCUGACAAUAGGUGACGCAUUGUCAGCCAUCCACAAGGCAAACAAGAACAGAGCUGAUGAUGAGUUGGAUAACCCAUACCUGAAGGGUUUCGCAUGGGAAGAAGGCGUCAACUACUUUGAAGUUCACCUACAAAGCCAACCUGCAACGGGCAUGUCAAGCGGCGGCGGCGGUGGCAAGAAGAAGAAGAAGAACAAGGACGCUGACGAGUAAAUACCCAUCCACCCAUCCUAAUAUCUGUUCCAAUAGUUCCUUCAAUUGUUUUUUGUUUGGCUUCGCUUAGUUCGGUGCGAGUCGGCGCCCGGGAUAUUGCAACUAGAUGUUGUUGGUCGGGUUAUGAUGAUGCGAUUGCUGGAUGCAUCGCUUAUUACGGCAAUUACUUUCAUGAAAGGAGUGCACGCACUCUUAAUGUAUAACUUGAAAUCUUUUAUCACAAUUGACCAGG